CCCUAGAUCCAAAAAAUUAGCCCAAUUCUGGUCUGACCGUUGUUUAUCCUGCUUUGUUAACUUCUAGAUGGAAUGUAUUGUUCUGAUUUCCACGCUGAAAGAGCCGCACGAGAGAAGAUCCACGAAGAAAAGGAGCAGUUAGCUGUGCAGCUGACAUACUUGCUAACAGAAACACAGCACCGUGAAGGUCUUAGCAGGAAUUCACUAGCAGAAUGCAAACUCGCCAUGGAACAAGACUACCGUCAGAUCAGGGAAACUUAUCUCACUUUUCUCAAGGAGAAACAGAAGAGGAGGAUUGGCAGCAGCAACAGAGGAACAUCCCAGUGCACUCUUGCCCAAAGUGUGGAACGAUUCUCCUGAUAUGACACACUUCAGAUACAUGUUAUGGACUGUAUCAUCUAAACAGUGUCAACAAAAAUGCUAUAAUAAUGGAAACUGCACUUUCUAAA